AUGUGCGACUGCUUCCACAUGGUGCUGCCCACCUGGCCCGGAGCCCCCGGCAGUGCGUCCGGUCGACAGCUGCAGCAGCAGGACCCAGGGGCUGAGACUGAAGAGGACUGUUCUGUGACCGAAGGGCCUGUGGGUGAGAUCAUUCGGCCAAGGCCGCAGGGGUCCUCACCUGUUUAUGAAUACACAGUUGAAGGUGCUGGCUUCGGAGCCCAGGAAAGCAACCAGGGCAGGCGCAGCUCCUCUGGUAGACGGAGAUCCUGGUGGAAAAGGGAUUCGGGGGAAUCCACAGCUUUCUCCAGCAUGAGUCACCCAGAGACUAUGCAGGAGGUGACAGAAGUGACCCUGAAGACUGAGGUAGAGGCCGGAGCCAGUGGCUACACUGUCACAGGUGGAGGGGACCAGGGGAUCUUUGUCAGACAAGUGCUGAAGGACUCCUCUGCUGCAAAACUAUUCAACCUGAGAGAAGGGGAUCAACUUCUCAGUGCAACCAUAUUCUUUGACCACAUGAAAUAUGAAGAUGCUCUUAAAAUCCUUCAGUACUCAGAACCAUACAAAGUGCAGUUCAGAAUCAAACGGAAGCUCUCUGCCAGCAAGGGAGAGGAGUCAGCCGUUCUGCAUUCUCAGCAAGGCUUGAAAAGCCUGGAAAAGCAGGACAAGGACACUGCUGAUGGAUACAUGGAGACCCCUACAAAGACACUAGAGGGAGAUGGAGACCGAGAAAGGCUUAUUUCUAAGUCCAGGGAUGGUCGCCAGAGGCGGCCCCAGGAUAGGCUCUCCUGGCCAAAAUUUCAAGCCUUAGGGAGCAAGCGGGGAACAGGUCCCCGACGCUCACACAGUUCCUCAGAAGCUUCAGAGCAAAGGGACACACAUGAAGUGUCCCCCACAAGCACAGACACAGAGGCCCAGCUGACAGCAGACAGCCAGGAACAGAAAUCAGGGACAAGAAGACGAAGAAGGAGGUUCCUGAACCUGAGAUUUGGGAUGCGCUCAGGGCAGGGCGCAAAUAUAACUGAGCAGACAGGCAGAGAGCCCCAGGAAAGGCACGAUCAUGCUAGACUGCUGGAAGAGUCCCAGCUGCAGGAGGACGAGACACAGGCAUCUGGGUUCAUGCCUGUGCUAACUACACAGAUGCCCACAAAGCCGAGUCAUUCCACCUUUGAAAAAGAAGGCCCUGGGGAAAUGGUGGUGAAAACAGACAGACAUCAAAGGAAGAAAAAGCAGUUGGCAAAACAAGACAAGGAGAAGACACAUAGCCAACAAAGAGCAGAGCCAGCCACAGGAAGCAGCUGGGAUGAUGAAUGGGAGGUAGUAGAAAGUCUGGAAAUUGGCAUUGCAAGAUUGUCCCUGCAAGACAAACCUGACCAAGGCAACACACAGGUUGCAUUGUGCGACUCAAAAACCCCAGAAACUGGAUUUUCGAAAAAAAAGACAAAAGAGACAAAAAAAGGAACAAAAGAAGAUGGACUAGGGGAGAAAGGAUGGAGAGAAACAGGAGACAUGGGCAGAAAAGACAGACAAGUACCAGCAGAGUCACAAGGAAGAACGGGACACGCUACAGAAACAGGAAAGGAUGGAACAGCAGGCUGGGAGAAUGAACAGGAGAAGAAAGGCAAGGAACAGGUCACACAGACAGGACAAACAAAGGUGAAGAUGCCAAAGUUCAGGAUACCAUCCUUUGGAUGGUCUCCAACUAAGGAGGCAGGAACAGUGAAGAGGGAGAGAAAAGAAGCGAUGCACAUAGAGGCAGACAUUGCAGACAAUGGCGGGGAGUCCACAGAAAAAGAAAUGAGCUUCAAGAUGACCAAGCUAAAGGUGACAUCCUUUCAUGAGUCUCCACGAAGGAAGCCUGGCACACAGGCAUCGAUGGAGGUAGAAGCACCCAAGGUGGAGACAGAAGUAUCCCUGCCCUCCAUGAAGGGAGAACUUAAUAAACAAGACCUCGGCAUUCAACUGCACUCGUCCAAUCUGAAGGUCAAGGCUGGACAGGUAGAUGUGAAGAUGGCAGACGUCAAGAUGCCCAAAGGAGAACAGACCACUCAGGAUGCUGAUGGAGCCAACAUGAAGGGCGACCGGCCCAAAGUGCAGAUGCCCAGCUGCAAGAUGCCCAAGGUGGACGUGAAGGGCCCCACAGUGGACACAAAGGGUGCCACAGUGGACGUGAAAAGCCCCAAAAGGGACGUGAAGAUACAGGAUUUAGAGGUGUCCCUGCCCAGCACGGAGGUUCAUGUCGAGGCUCCAGGUGUCAAAAUGGAUGGGGACCUGGCGAAGGUCAAUAAGGACAUGGCCGUCAAAGACAGCAAGUUCAAAAUGCUCAAGUUCAAGAUGCCCUCCUUCGGCAUGUCCGCAACUGGCAAACCCAGCAUGGAAGCCACUAAGAAGGUAGCAGCUCCCGAGGUGGAACCAGAGGUGGCCCUGCCCUCCAUGCGAGGUGAACUUAAGACUCCAGACCUCAGCAUUGAGCUGCCGUCCACCGACCUGGAGGUCAAGGCUGCCCAGGGGGAUGUGAAGAUGGCAGACGCCCAGCUGCCCGAGGGAGAGCAGACCGCACAGCAUGCUGACAAAGCCAGCGUGAAGGGCCACCUGCCCAAGGUGCAGAUGCCCAGCUUCAAGAUGCCCAAGGUGGACCUGAAGGGCCCCACAGUCGAUGUCAAGGCCCCCACAGUGGACGCAAAGGACCUUACAGUGGACAUGAAAAGCCCCAAAGCUGAGAUUAGUGGCCCUGACAUGGAGGUUUCUCUGCCUGGCGUGAAGGUUGACAUCCAGGCCCAAGGUUCCAAGCUGCAAAAGGAUCUGCCUCAUGCUGAGAAGGAUGAGGCCACAAAAGACAGCAAGUUCAAGAUGCCCAAGUUCAAGAUGCCCUCCUUCGGCGGGUCCACAACCGGCAAGCCCAGCAUGGAAGCCACUAUGGAGGUGGCAGCUCCCAAGAUGGAAGCAGACAUGUCCCUGCCCUCCAUGCAGGGUGACGUCAAGACACCAGACAUCAGCAUUCAACUACCGUCCUCCAAGCUGGAGGUCAAGGCUGGCCAGGUAGAUGUGAAGAUGGAAGGUGUCCAGCUGCCCGAAAAAGAGCAGGUCACACAGGUUGCAGACGGAGCCAGCCUGAAGGGCCAAGUGCCCAAGGUACAGAUGCCCAGCUUUAAGAUGCCCAAGGUGGACCUGAAGGGCCCCCAUGUGGAACUGAAGAGUCAAAAAGGAGACAUAAAGAGCCCCAAAAGUGAGGUGAAGAUUCAGGAUAUAGAGGUGUCUCUACCCAGCAUGGAGGUUGAUGUCCAGGCCUCUGGUGCCAGACUUGAUGGGGAACAGGUAAUAGUCAAUAAGGACAUGGCCGACGAAGACAAGAAGUUCAAGAUGCCCAAGUUCAAGAUGCCCUCCUUUGGCACGUCAGCAACUGGCAAGCCUACCGUGGAAGCCACUAUGGAGGUGGCUGGACCCGAGAUGGAAGCAGACAUGUCCUUGCCCUCCAUGCAGGGUGAACUUAAGAAACCAGAACUCAGCAUUGAGCUGCCGUCCUCCAACCUGGAAGUCAAGGCUGGCCAGAUAGAUGUGAAGAUGGCAGACGUCCAGCUGCCUGAGGGAGAGCAGACCGCACAGGAUGCUGACGGAGGCAGCCUGAAGGGCCACCUGCCCAAGGUGCAGAUGCCCAGCUUCAAGAUGCCCAAGGUGGACCUGAAGGGCCCUACAGUGGAUGUGGACGGCCCCACAGUGGACGCAAAGGGACCCACAGUGGACAUGAAAAGCCCCAAAGCUGAGAUUAGUGGCCUUGACAUGGAGGUUUCUCUGCCUAGCAUGAAGGUAGACAUCCAGGCUCAAGGGGCCAAGCUACAAGGUGUCAAGCUGGAUGGGGACCAGGCCGUGGUCGAUAAGGACAUGGCCGUCAAAGACAGCAGGUUCAAAAUGCCCAAGUUCAAGAUGCCCUCUUUUGGCGUGUCCGCAACUGGCAAACCCAGCAUGGAAGGCACUAUGGAGGUGGCAGGACCCGAGAUGGAAAGAGAGAUGUCCCUGCCCUCCAUGCGAGGUGAACUUAAGACUCCAGACCUCAGCAUUGAGCUGCCGUCCACCGACCUGGAGGUCAAGGCUGCCCAGGGGGAUGUGAAGAUGGCAGACGCCCAGCUGCCCGAGGGAGAGCAGACCGCACAGCAUGCUGACAAAGCCAGCGUGAAGGGCCACCUGCCCAAGGUGCAGAUGCCCAGCUUCAAGAUGCCCAAGGUGGACCUGAAGGGCCCCACAGUCGAUGUCAAGGCCCCCACAGUGGACGCAAAGGACCUUACAGUGGACAUGAAAAGCCCCAAAGCUGAGAUUAGUGGCCCUGACAUGGAGGUUUCUCUGCCUGGCGUGAAGGUUGACAUCCAGGCCCAAGGUUCCAAGCUGCAAAAGGAUCUGCCUCAUGCUGAGAAGGAUGAGGCCACAAAAGACAGCAAGUUCAAGAUGCCCAAGUUCAAGAUGCCCUCCUUCGGCGGGUCCACAACUGGCAAGCCCAGCAUGGAAGCCACUAUGGAGGUGGCAGCUCCCAAGAUGGAAGCAGACAUGUCCCUGCCCUCCAUGCAGGGUGACGUCAAGACACCAGACAUCAGCAUUCAACUACCGUCCUCCAAGCUGGAGGUCAAGGCUGGCCAGGUAGAUGUGAAGAUGGAAGGUGUCCAGCUGCCCGAAAAAGAGCAGGUCACACAGGUUGCAGACGGAGCCAGCCUGAAGGGCCAAGUGCCCAAGGUACAGAUGCCCAGCUUUAAGAUGCCCAAGGUGGACCUGAAGGGCCCCCAUGUGGAACUGAAGAGUCAAAAAGGAGACAUAAAGAGCCCCAAAAGUGAGGUGAAGAUUCAGGAUAUAGAGGUGUCUCUACCCAGGAUGGAGGUUGAUGUCCAGGCCUCUGGUGCCAGACUUGAUGGGGAACAGGUAAUAGUCAAUAAGGACAUGGCCGACGAAGACAAGAAGUUCAAGAUGCCCAAGUUCAAGAUGCCCUCCUUUGGCACGUCAGCAACUGGCAAGCCUACCGUGGAAGCCACUAUGGAGGUGGCUGGACCCGAGAUGGAAGCAGACAUGUCCUUGCCCUCCAUGCAGGGUGAACUUAAGAAACCAGAACUCAGCAUUGAGCUGCCGUCCUCCAACCUGGAAGUCAAGGCUGGCCAGAUAGAUGUGAAGAUGGCAGACGUCCAGCUGCCUGAGGGAGAGCAGACCGCACAGGAUGCUGACGGAGGCAGCCUGAAGGGCCACCUGCCCAAGGUGCAGAUGCCCAACUUCAAGAUGCCCAAGGUGGACCUGAAGGGCCCUACAGUGGAUGUGGACGGCCCCACAGUGGACGCAAAGGGACCCACAGUGGACGUGAAAAGCCCCAAAGCUGAGAUUAGUGGCCCUGACAUGGAGGUUUCUCUGCCUAGCAUGAAGGUAGACAUCCAGGCUCAAGGGGCCAAGCUACAGAAGGACCUGCCUCAUGCUGAAAAAGAUGCGGCCACCAAAGACAGCAAGUUCAAGAUGCCCAGCUUCAAGAUGCCCAAGGUGGACCUGAAGGGCCCUACAGUGGAUGUGGACGGCCCCACAGUGGACGCAAAGGGACCCACAGUGGACGUGAAAAGCCCCAAAGCUGAGAUUAGUGGCCCUGACAUGGAGGUUUCUCUGCCUAGCAUGAAGGUAGACAUCCAGGCUCAAGGGGACAAGCUACAGAAGGACCUGCCCUAUGCUGAAAAAGAUGCGGCCACCAAAGACAGCAAGUUCAAGAUGCCCAAGUUCAAGAUGCCCAAGGUGGACCUGAAGGGACCCCAUGUGGACCUGAAGGGCCCCACAGUGGACACAAAGGGUGCCACAGUGGACGUGAAAAGCCCCAAAAGGGACGUGAAGAUACAGGAUUUAGAGGCGUCCCUGCCCAGCACGGAGGUUCAUGUCGAGGCUCCAGGUGUCAAGCUGGAUGGGGACCAGGCCGUGGUCGAUAAGGACAUGGCCGUCAAAGACAGCAGGUUCAAAAUGCCCAAGUUCAAGAUGCCCUCUUUUGGCGUGUCCGCAACGGUCAAACCCAGCAUGGAAGGCACUAUGGAGGUGGCAGGACCCGAGAUGGAAACAGAGAUGUCCCUGCCCUCCAUGCGAGGUGAACUUAAGACUCCAGACCUCAGCAUUGAGCUGCCGUCCACCGACCUGGAGGUCAAGGCUGCCCAGGGGGAUGUGAAGAUGGCAGACGCCCAGCUGCCCGAGGGAGAGCAGACCGCACAGCAUGCUGACAAAGCCAGCGUGAAGGGCCACCUGCCCAAGGUGCAGAUGCCCAGCUUCAAGAUGCCCAAGGUGGACCUGAAGGGCCCCACAGUCGAUGUCAAGGCCCCCACAGUGGACGCAAAGGACCUUACAGUGGACAUGAAAAGCCCCAAAGCUGAGAUUAGUGGCCCUGACAUGGAGGUUUCUCUGCCUGGCGUGAAGGUUGACAUCCAGGCCCAAGGUUCCAAGCUGCAAAAGGAUCUGCCUCAUGCUGAGAAGGAUGAGGCCACAAAAGACAGCAAGUUCAAGAUGCCCAAGUUCAAGAUGCCCUCCUUCGGCGGGUCCACAACCGGCAAGCCCAGCAUGGAAGCCACUAUGGAGGUGGCAGCUCCCAAGAUGGAAGCAGACAUGUCCCUGCCCUCCAUGCAGGGUGACGUCAAGACACCAGACAUCAGCAUUCAACUACCGUCCUCCAAGCUGGAGGUCAAGGCUGGCCAGGUAGAUGUGAAGAUGGAAGGUGUCCAGCUGCCCGAAAAAGAGCAGGUCACACAGGUUGCAGACGGAGCCAGCCUGAAGGGCCAAGUGCCCAAGGUACAGAUGCCCAGGUUUAAGAUGCCCAAGGUGGACCUGAAGGGCCCCCAUGUGGAACUGAAGAGUCAAAAAGGAGACAUAAAGAGCCCCAAAAGUGAGGUGAAGAUUCAGGAUAUAGAGGUGUCUCUACCCAGCAUGGAGGUUGAUGUCCAGGCCUCUGGUGCCAAACUUGAUGGGGAACAGGUAAUAGUCAAUAAGGACAUGGCCGACGAAGACAAGAAGUUCAAGAUGCCCAAGUUCAAGAUGCCCUCCUUUGGCACGUCAGCAACUGGCAAGCCUACCGUGGAAGCCACUAUGGAGGUGGCUGGACCCGAGAUGGAAGCAGACAUGUCCUUGCCCUCCAUGCAGGGUGAACUUAAGAAACCAGAACUCAGCAUUGAGCUGCCGUCCUCCAACCUGGAAGUCAAGGCUGGCCAGAUAGAUGUGAAGAUGGCAGACGUCCAGCUGCCUGAGGGAGAGCAGACCGCACAGGAUGCUGACGGAGGCAGCCUGAAGGGCCACCUGCCCAAGGUGCAGAUGCCCAGCUUCAAGAUGCCCAAGGUGGACCUGAAGGGCCCUACAGUGGAUGUGGACGGCCCCACAGUGGACGCAAAGGGACCCACAGUGGACGUGAAAAGCCCCAAAGCUGAGAUUAGUGGCCCUGACAUGGAGGUUCAUGUCGAGGCUCCAGGUGUCAAGCUGGAUGGGGACCAGGCCGUGGUCGAUAAGGACAUGGCCGUCAAAGACAGCAGGUUCAAAAUGCCCAAGUUCAAGAUGCCCUCUUUUGGCGUGUCCGCAACGGUCAAACCCAGCAUGGAAGGCACUAUGGAGGUGGCAGGACCCGAGAUGGAAACAGAGAUGUCCCUGCCCUCCAUGCGAGGUGAACUUAAGACUCCAGACCUCAGCAUUGAGCUGCCGUCCUCCAACCUGGAGGUCAAGGCUGCCCAGGGGGAUGUGAAGAUGGCAGACGCCCAGCUGCCCGAGGGAGAGCAGACCGCACAGCAUGCUGACAAAGCCAGCGUGAAGGGCCACCUGCCCAAGGUGCAGAUGCCCAGCUUCAAGAUGCCCAAGGUGGACCUGAAGGGCCCCACAGUCGAUGUCAAGGCCCCCACAGUGGACGCAAAGGACCUUACAGUGGACAUGAAAAGCCCCAAAGCUGAGAUUAGUGGCCCUGACAUGGAGGUUUCUCUACCUGGCGUGAAGGUUGACAUCCAGGCCCAAGGUUCCAAGCUGCAAAAGGAUCUGCCUCAUGCUGAGAAGGAUGAGGCCACAAAAGACAGCAAGUUCAAGAUGCCCAAGUUCAAGAUGCCCUCCUUCGGCGGGUCCACAACCGGCAAGCCCAGCAUGGAAGCCACUAUGGAGGUGGCAGCUCCCAAGAUGGAAGCAGACAUGUCCCUGCCCUCCAUGCAGGGUGACGUCAAGACACCAGACAUCAGCAUUCAACUACCGUCCUCCAAGCUGGAGGUCAAGGCUGGCCAGGUAGAUGUGAAGAUGGAAGGUGUCCAGCUGCCCGAAAAAGAGCAGGUCACACAGGUUGCAGACAGAGCCAGCCUGAAGGGCCAAGUGCCCAAGGUACAGAUGCCCAGCUUUAAGAUGCCCAAGGUGGACCUGAAGGGCCCCCAUGUGGAACUGAAGAGUCAAAAAGGAGACAUAAAGAGCCCCAAAAGUGAGGUGAAGAUUCAGGAUAUAGAGGUGUCUCUACCCAGCAUGGAGGUUGAUGUCCAGGCCUCUGGUGCCAAACUUGAUGGGGAACAGGUAAUAGUCAAUAAGGACAUGGCCGACGAAGACAAGAAGUUCAAGAUGCCCAAGUUCAAGAUGCCCUCCUUUGGCACGUCAGCAACUGGCAAGCCUACCGUGGAAGCCACUAUGGAGGUGGCUGGACCCGAGAUGGAAGCAGACAUGUCCUUGCCCUCCAUGCAGGGUGAACUUAAGAAACCAGAACUCAGCAUUGAGCUGCCGUCCUCCAACCUGGAAGUCAAGGCUGGCCAGAUAGAUGUGAAGAUGGCAGACGUCCAGCUGCCUGAGGGAGAGCAGACCGCACAGGAUGCUGACGGAGGCAGCCUGAAGGGCCACCUGCCCAAGGUGCAGAUGCCCAGCUUCAAGAUGCCCAAGGUGGACCUGAAGGGCCCUACAGUGGAUGUGGACGGCCCCACAGUGGACGCAAAGGGACCCACAGUGGACGUGAAAAGCCCCAAAGCUGAGAUUAGUGGCCCUGACAUGGAGGUGUCCCUGCCCAGCACGGAGGUUCAUGUCGAGGCUCCAGGUGUCAAGCAGGAUGGGGACCAGGCCGUGGUCGAUAAGGACAUGGCCGUCAAAGACAGCAGGUUCAAAAUGCCCAAGUUCAAGAUGCCCUCUUUUGGCGUGUCCGCAACGGUCAAACCCAGCAUGGAAGGCACUAUGGAGGUGGCAGGACCCGAGAUGGAAACAGAGAUGUCCCUGCCCUCCAUGCGAGGUGAACUUAAGACUCCAGACCUCAGCAUUGAGCUGCCGUCCACCGACCUGGAGGUCAAGGCUGCCCAGGGGGAUGUGAAGAUGGCAGACGCCCAGCUGCCCGAGGGAGAGCAGACCGCACAGCAUGCUGACAAAGCCAGCGUGAAGGGCCACCUGCCCAAGGUGCAGAUGCCCAGCUUCAAGAUGCCCAAGGUGGACCUGAAGGGCCCCACAGUCGAUGUCAAGGCCCCCACAGUGGACGCAAAGGACCUUACAGUGGACAUGAAAAGCCCCAAAGCUGAGAUUAGUGGCCCUGACAUGGAGGUUUCUCUGCCUGGCGUGAAGGUUGACAUCCAGGCCCAAGGUUCCAAGCUGCAAAAGGAUCUGCCUCAUGCUGAGAAGGAUGAGGCCACAAAAGACAGCAAGUUCAAGAUGCCCAAGUUCAAGAUGCCCUCCUUCGGCGGGUCCACAACCGGCAAGCCCAGCAUGGAAGCCACUAUGGAGGUGGCAGCUCCCAAGAUGGAAGCAGACAUGUCCCUGCCCUCCAUGCAGGGUGACGUCAAGACACCAGACAUCAGCAUUCAACUACCGUCCUCCAAGCUGGAGGUCAAGGCUGGCCAGGUAGAUGUGAAGAUGGAAGGUGUCCAGCUGCCCGAAAAAGAGCAGGUCACACAGGUUGCAGACAGAGCCAGCCUGAAGGGCCAAGUGCCCAAGGUACAGAUGCCCAGCUUUAAGAUGCCCAAGGUGGACCUGAAGGGCCCCCAUGUGGAACUGAAGAGUCAAAAAGGAGACAUAAAGAGCCCCAAAAGUGAGGUGAAGAUUCAGGAUAUAGAGGUGUCUCUACCCAGCAUGGAGGUUGAUGUCCAGGCCUCUGGUGCCAAACUUGAUGGGGAACAGGUAAUAGUCAAUAAGGACAUGGCCGACGAAGACAAGAAGUUCAAGAUGCCCAAGUUCAAGAUGCCCUCCUUUGGCACGUCAGCAACUGGCAAGCCUACCGUGGAAGCCACUAUGGAGGUGGCUGGACCCGAGAUGGAAGCAGACAUGUCCUUGCCCUCCAUGCAGGGUGAACUUAAGAAACCAGAACUCAGCAUUGAGCUGCCGUCCUCCAACCUGGAAGUCAAGGCUGGCCAGAUAGAUGUGAAGAUGGCAGACGUCCAGCUGCCUGAGGGAGAGCAGACCGCACAGGAUGCUGACGGAGGCAGCCUGAAGGGCCACCUGCCCAAGGUGCAGAUGCCCAGCUUCAAGAUGCCCAAGGUGGACCUGAAGGGCCCUACAGUGGAUGUGGACGGCCCCACAGUGGACGCAAAGGGACCCACAGUGGACGUGAAAAGCCCCAAAGCUGAGAUUAGUGGCCCUGACAUGGAGGUUUCUCUGCCUAGCAUGAAGGUAGACAUCCAGGCUCAAGGUGCCAAGCUACAGAAGGACCUGCCUCAUGCUGAAAAAGAUGCGGCCACCAAAGACAGCAAGUUCAAAAUGCCCAAGUUCAAGAUGCCCUCUUUUGGCGUGUCCGCAACGGUCAAACCCAGCAUGGAAGGCACUAUGGAGGUGGCAGGACCCGAGAUGGAAACAGAGAUGUCCCUGCCCUCCAUGCGAGGUGAACUUAAGACUCCAGACCUCAGCAUUGAGCUGCCGUCCACCGACCUGGAGGUCAAGGCUGCCCAGGGGGAUGUGAAGAUGGCAGACGCCCAGCUGCCCGAGGGAGAGCAGACCGCACAGCAUGCUGACAAAGCCAGCGUGAAGGGCCACCUGCCCAAGGUGCAGAUGCCCAGCUUCAAGAUGCCCAAGGUGGACCUGAAGGGCCCCACAGUCGAUGUCAAGGCCCCCACAGUGGACGCAAAGGACCUUACAGUGGACAUGAAAAGCCCCAAAGCUGAGAUUAGUGGCCCUGACAUGGAGGUUUCUCUGCCUGGCGUGAAGGUUGACAUCCAGGCCCAAGGUUCCAAGCUGCAAAAGGAUCUGCCUCAUGCUGAGAAGGAUGAGGCCACAAAAGACAGCAAGUUCAAGAUGCCCAAGUUCAAGAUGCCCUCCUUCGGCGGGUCCACAACCGGCAAGCCCAGCAUGGAAGCCACUAUGGAGGUGGCAGCUCCCAAGAUGGAAGCAGACAUGUCCCUGCCCUCCAUGCAGGGUGACGUCAAGACACCAGACAUCAGCAUUCAACUACCGUCCUCCAAGCUGGAGGUCAAGGCUGGCCAGGUAGAUGUGAAGAUGGAAGGUGUCCAGCUGCCCGAAAAAGAGCAGGUCACACAGGUUGCAGACGGAGCCAGCCUGAAGGGCCAAGUGCCCAAGGUACAGAUGCCCAGCUUUAAGAUGCCCAAGGUGGACCUGAAGGGCCCCCAUGUGGAACUGAAGAGUCAAAAAGGAGACAUAAAGAGCCCCAAAAGUGAGGUGAAGAUUCAGGAUAUAGAGGUGUCUCUACCCAGCAUGGAGGUUGAUGUCCAGGCCUCUGGUGCCAAACUUGAUGGGGAACAGGUAAUAGUCAAUAAGGACAUGGCCGACGAAGACAAGAAGUUCAAGAUGCCCAAGUUCAAGAUGCCCUCCUUUGGCACGUCAGCAACUGGCAAGCCUACCGUGGAAGCCACUAUGGAGGUGGCUGGACCCGAGAUGGAAGCAGACAUGUCCUUGCCCUCCAUGCAGGGUGAACUUAAGAAACCAGAACUCAGCAUUGAGCUGCCGUCCUCCAACCUGGAAGUCAAGGCUGGCCAGAUAGAUGUGAAGAUGGCAGACGUCCAGCUGCCUGAGGGAGAGCAGACCGCACAGGAUGCUGACGGAGGCAGCCUGAAGGGCCACCUGCCCAAGGUGCAGAUGCCCAGCUUCAAGAUGCCCAAGGUGGACCUGAAGGGCCCUACAGUGGAUGUGGACGGCCCCACAGUGGACGCAAAGGGACCCACAGUGGACGUGAAAAGCCCCAAAGCUGAGAUUAGUGGCCCUGACAUGGAGGUUUCUCUGCCUAGCAUGAAGGUAGACAUCCAGGCUCAAGGUGCCAAGCUACAAGGUGUCAAGCUGGAUGGGGACCAGGCCGUGGUCGAUAAGGACAUGGCCGUCAAAGACAGCAGGUUCAAAAUGCCCAAGUUCAAGAUGCCCUCUUUUGGCGUGUCCGCAACGGUCAAACCCAGCAUGGAAGGCACUAUGGAGGUGGCAGGACCCGAGAUGGAAACAGAGAUGUCCCUGCCCUCCAUGCGAGGUGAACUUAAGACUCCAGACCUCAGCAUUGAGCUGCCGUCCUCCAACCUGGAGGUCAAGGCUGCCCAGGGGGAUGUGAAGAUGGCAGACGCCCAGCUGCCCGAGGGAGAGCAGACCGCACAGCAUGCUGACAAAGCCAGCGUGAAGGGCCACCUGCCCAAGGUGCAGAUGCCCAGCUUCAAGAUGCCCAAGGUGGACCUGAAGGGCCCCACAGUCGAUGUCAAGGCCCCCACAGUGGACGCAAAGGACCUUACAGUGGACAUGAAAAGCCCCAAAGCUGAGAUUAGUGGCCCUGACAUGGAGGUUUCUCUAGCCGGCGUGAAGGUUGACAUCCAGGCCCAAGGUUCCAAGCUGCAAAAGGAUCUGCCUCAUGCUGAGAAGGAUGAGGCCACAAAAGACAGCAAGUUCAAGAUGCCCAAGUUCAAGAUGCCCUCCUUCGGCGGGUCCACAACCGGCAAGCCCAGCAUGGAAGCCACUAUGGAGGUGGCAGCUCCCAAGAUGGAAGCAGACAUGUCCCUGCCCUCCAUGCAGGGUGACGUCAAGACACCAGACAUCAGCAUUCAACUACCGUCCUCCAAGCUGGAGGUCAAGGCUGGCCAGGUAGAUGUGAAGAUGGAAGGUGUCCAGCUGCCCGAAAAAGAGCAGGUCACACAGGUUGCAGACAGAGCCAGCCUGAAGGGCCAAGUGCCCAAGGUACAGAUGCCCAGCUUUAAGAUGCCCAAGGUGGACCUGAAGGGCCCCCAUGUGGAACUGAAGAGUCAAAAAGGAGACAUAAAGAGCCCCAAAAGUGAGGUGAAGAUUCAGGAUAUAGAGGUGUCUCUACCCAGCAUGGAGGUUGAUGUCCAGGCCUCUGGUGCCAAACUUGAUGGGGAACAGGUAAUAGUCAAUAAGGACAUGGCCGACGAAGACAAGAAGUUCAAGAUGCCCAAGUUCAAGAUGCCCUCCUUUGGCACGUCAGCAACUGGCAAGCCUACCGUGGAAGCCACUAUGGAGGUGGCUGGACCCGAGAUGGAAGCAGACAUGUCCUUGCCCUCCAUGCAGGGUGAACUUAAGAAACCAGAACUCAGCAUUGAGCUGCCGUCCUCCAACCUGGAAGUCAAGGCUGGCCAGAUAGAUGUGAAGAUGGCAGACGUCCAGCUGCCUGAGGGAGAGCAGACCGCACAGGAUGCUGACGGAGGCAGCCUGAAGGGCCACCUGCCCAAGGUGCAGAUGCCCAGCUUCAAGAUGCCCAAGGUGGACCUGAAGGGCCCUACAGUGGAUGUGGACGGCCCCACAGUGGACGCAAAGGGACCCACAGUGGACGUGAAAAGCCCCAAAGCUGAGAUUAGUGGCCCUGACAUGGAGGUUUCUCUGCCUAGCAUGAAGGUAGACAUCCAGGCUCAAGGUGCCAAGCUACAGAGUGUCAAGCAGGAUGGGGACCAGGCCGUGGUCGAUAAGGACAUGGCCGUCAAAGACAGCAGGUUCAAAAUGCCCAAGUUCAAGAUGCCCUCUUUUGGCGUGUCCGCAACGGUCAAACCCAGCAUGGAAGGCACUAUGGAGGUGGCAAGACCCGAGAUGGAAACAGAGAUGUCCCUGCCCUCCAUGCGAGGUGAACUUAAGACUCCAGACCUCAGCAUUGAGCUGCCGUCCACCGACCUGGAGGUCAAGGCUGCCCAGGGGGAUGUGAAGAUGGCAGACGCCCAGCUGCCCGAGGGAGAGCAGACCGCACAGCAUGCUGACAAAGCCAGCGUGAAGGGCCACCUGCCCAAGGUGCAGAUGCCCAGCUUCAAGAUGCCCAAGGUGGACCUGAAGGGCCCCACAGUCGAUGUCAAGGCCCCCACAGUGGACGCAAAGGACCUUACAGUGGACAUGAAAAGCCCCAAAGCUGAG